AUGUCUUCAACUCCCGCUACGCAAGAACCUUGGUCGCUCGCCGGCAAGACAGCCAUCGUCACCGGAGCGUCUCGCGGCAUCGGACAAGCCAUUGCCUUCCACUUAGCCCGCAAAGGCCUCUCCAAGUUGGCAAUCACGUACGCCAGCAACUCUGACGCGGCACAAAAGACUCUAGACAAGUGUCGCGAACUCGGGGUAGAAACCGCCAUCGCCAUCCAAGCAGACGCUCUCGACCCUACCUUUGGUCCCAAAAUCGUCUCCCAAACGCUCCAGCAGCUUUCCACCGCCUCCAUCGACAUCCUCGUCAACAACGCGGUCCUGAGCGACUACUCCAAAGUGCAGCCCAUCAAGGACACAACGCUCCCCGUCUUCCUUCAAGUCAUGCAGGCCAACGUCUUCGCCCCCGUCUCCCUGACGACCGCCGUAAUACCUCACUUGCCCUCCCAGGGCGGCGGACGCGUCAUUGCCAUCUCGAGCGUGCUGGCGUACCAAGCCAACUCGGACCCCACCAUGACGUACGGGGCCAGCAAGGCCGCCCUGCAGAGCUACACGCGCUCUCUCGCCGAGGCGUAUGGCAAGACCACCAAGGCGACGUUCAACAGCGUCGUUGUCGGUCUGACGGCGACGGACGCGAUCAAGAAUAGUCAGGAUUUGUUGCCUGCGGGGUAUCUCGACGAGCAGAUCCGAGACACGACGGCGGCGGACCGGAUCGGGGUCCCCGAGGAUAUCGCGUACGUUGUUGGGUUUCUUGCUAGCGAGGAGGGGCGCUGGGUCAACGGGGGUGCUGUUAGUGCCAACGGAGGCAAUCGUCUUGUAAUGGCUGCCCUCGGGUAA